UAUUGAAGUCUCAGCUUGGAAAGGCGAACUUGAUUGGGUUCUCCAAGCAAUCACUAAGCAAUGUUAUCGCCACAAUUUCUGAUUCUCUGCCUAAUCUCAGGAAUACUUUCCUUGGCAGAUGGCGAUCCCAUGAUAGAGGUCUUCAGAUGGAAGCAGAUGGACUUUUAUAACCGAGGAGAUGGCCAUUCGGCGGGAUUGGGCGCCAGACCAGACAGACCGAGUUACUCAGCCCCCGUUGUCUUUCCUGGGAGAUAUUCUCGCCAGAAGCGUGAGAUUAUGACCUCCCGCGAUUCUCCAAUACUCAUAAACAGCAGAGUCGCCAGUGAUGACCCCAAUGCCUCCUACAUUCCGUACAACAACGUGCCCAUGGGAGCCACCCAUUUCCGGGGGCGACUCUUUGUCACGAUGCCCCGGCGACGGUUGGGCAUCCCGUCCACCUUGAACUACAUCGAUAUGGGUCAGGAGGGAUCGAAUCCAAGCCCAAAGCUGCGGGCCUAUCCCAACUUUGCGUUGAAUCAGUAUAAUGCGAGUGCGGAAAAUCUGGUCUCUGUCUACAGGACCUCAGUGGAUGCCUGCCAACGCCUGUGGUUCAUCGACACUGGAAUGCUCGAGCUCCCAAAUAACCGCCAACAGAUUCGUCGUCCCAGCAUUUGGGUAGUUGACCUGGCCACGGAUCGGGUGCUGAAACGCUUUGAUAUUCCGCUGAGCAUUGCGGAGACGGGUCGUGGAUUGGCCAGCAUCACCGUCGAUGUGAAAGCGGGUCAGUGCGGCGAUGCCUACGCUUAUAUUCCGGAUCUGGUUUACCGCCGACUGUACGUCUAUCACCUGCGAAACGAUCGGAUGUGGUCCUUCGAGCAUAACUACUUCAACUUCGAUCCGCUCUCCGGGGAUCUGAGCAUUGGCGGGCAGACCUUCCGCUGGGAUGACGGCAUCUUCUCGGUCACCUUGGGAGCACACAAGUCAGAUGGCAGCCGGGAUGUCUACUUCCAUCCCAUGGCCAGCACAAAUGAAUUUGUGGUUUCCAACCGAGUUCUCCAGCAGGAGUCCAAUGCAGCACGCUCCGAUCAUGGGAAUGAUUUCCGGGUACUGGGAAGCCGUGGACCAUCUACCCAAUCGACUAUGCAUAGUUAUGAUCCCGGAACCGGAGUGAUUUUCUUCGCCGAGAUCCAGAAAAAUGGAGUGGGAUGCUGGAAACCCACCAAGCCAAUCUCGGCGGAAAACUAUGGUAGUGUAGAUUCUAAUGCCAUGGACAUGAUUUAUCCCAGCGACUUGUCGAUUGACGAGGAGGGAACCGUUUGGGUCAUGUCCAACUCCAUGCCCAUCUUUAUCUAUUCCACUUUGGACACGAAUAUAUACAAUUUCCGGAUUUGGAAGCAAAAGGCAUCGCUGGCCAAAAAGGGAACAGUUUGUCAGUGAUUUGUGUGGAAUUGUUUUUUUAA